AUGCCUUGCCUAUCAAGUGACCCGAAUCUAAAUGUCUGUCCGAAUUAUGCAGAUGAUGCAUUCUUCAACAUGAGACUUCAACUCACCAAUGAGAACAUUACUGAAGCCCAAGCUAUUAUAAUACUCAAAAAUAUAUGGCAAGCAGAGAACAUGGCAAAGAAGGCCCAAUGGCAAGAACAAACAGAGGCCGACAGGGAACAACAAGAGCACAUGGAGAGGCUCAAUGAUGAAGAGCAGGAAAGGCAAGAACAAAAUUGCCACAAUGAAGAGGAAGCAGCAUGGAAAGAGGACAGGAAAAAGAACAAGUAUAAGUACACUACAGUUCCUGACCUGGAUGUGCCCUUGAAGACAGUAAUCAUUCCAUCAGCGUACACCACUUGCAAACUUGACAAAGGAGAUUAUGUCAAACUAUGGUAUUUCACCAACGAUGGUCUGGAUGACGCAAAACUCAAGAGUUCGGUCGACAAAGACGCCAUGGUCAUGGCCACCUUAGACAGAGGAGAUACAGCAUGGGUAUCAGUGGCAUCAGCGCGAAACACAGGAGUGGUUAUCAACGAUCAGAACCUCACCUUCAAAGACUUCUGUCAGGCUUGUCCAUGCAUCAUCAAUGCAAUG